AUGAAUAAGAAGGACGGUUCAUAUUCAGUGGCUAUUAGAUAUAGUUUUGCUGCUUGUUUAUGUAAUUUGAAAAACCUCCAAGAGUUGGAUAUUAGCCAAAACAGCUUCGAGGUAUCUAUUCCUCCAUGUAUCAGCAAUUUAACAUCCCUCUGUCUCCUCAAACUUUCUGAAAAUAACCUUUCGGGAACCAUUCCUUCUGAUCUCCUUAGGCUCAAGUCCCUCGAAUACCUUUCCCUUUCUCUGAACCAUUUUGAAGGGUCCAUCUCAUUGAGUUUAUUUGCUAACAACUCCAAUCUUGAGGUUCUUGAACUUGGUAGCCUUAACAACGAGUUGCAUGUAGACACAGAAAAUACACCCUGGAAACCUCUAUUUCAGCUAAAAGUCCUACGACUAUCAAACUGCUAUCUCAAUGAUCCAAGUAGAUCUAUUCCGAGCAUUCUUUUGACUCAGCAUGAUUUAAGAGUUGUUGACCUCAGUUACAAUUCCAUGGUUGGAAAGCUUCCCACUUGGGUACUGAAAAACAAUGCAAGAUUGGAGUUCCUUAGUCUUGCACAAAACUCAUUCAUGGGUCAAUUUGUGUUACCUGCUGAUUCUGAAAAUCUUGAUUUGAUUGUGAUUGAUGUGUCUACGAAUUAUAUUCAAGGCCCGCUUCCAACAUCCAUUGGCCAUAUUCUCCCAAAUUUGAGGUAUUUGAACAUUUCUAGAAACUCAUUCAAAGGUAGUAUUCCUCAUUCAAUCGGCAACAUGAGUAAGUUAGAGUCACUGGAUCUGUCGAGCAACAAUUUUACUAGGGAAUUACCUGAACGCUUGGUUAUGGGCUGUAACGAAUUGCUUACGCUGAAGCUUUCACAGAAUAAACUGCAGGGCCAGUUAUUUCCCAAAAAAUGGAACCUCGCAUCGCUCAGGUUGUUGCAUUUAGAUAAUAAUAUUUUUUCCGGACAGUUGUUACCUGGACUUCUUACAAGCUCCGACUUCAGAGUGUUGAAUCUAAGCGAUAACUCGAUCUCAGGAAAACUACCUGAUUGGAUGGGGGACUUUUCUUCCCUUUUGUUCCUUGUUGCGUCCAGGAACUUGUUCAAAGGUCCUAUACCAAUUGGCUUUUGCAGACUUGUUGAACUGAUUGUAUUAGACCUUUCAUGGAAUAGUCUUUCUGAUAAAAUACCUCAUUGUUUCAAUUUAUCAUCACUAAUUUAUUUAAGCCUUCACAAAAAUGAAUUGUCAGGACCUUUGCCAGGAGCUCUUUAUAGAUCAUCUUCCCUUGUGACAUUGGAUAUUGGGGAUAACAAACUAUAA